AUGGCGAAGAAGAAAUCAACUGUAAUGAAUAUGAUGACGACGAUUUCUAUAAUUCGGAUGAUCAAUACAACUGAAGAAAUCAAUUAUCUGAUUAUGCGACUGAAGGCCAGAGAGUCCCUCGUUGGUACAAAUCGAACUGAUUCUGAAGAGGAAUCAUUCAAUAGUAAUGUUGUUGACUCGCCUGGUGGGAAAACCAAGUUGUGGAAACCUAUUGUUCCUAAAGAUGUUAUGUCAGAUGUAGAUGCUAUAUAUCAAUCAUUAGAGGAGGCGGUUGAAAUGUAUAAAUUAUAUGUAGAUAAAGCAGGUUUUGGUGUCAGGUUAAAUACAGUAACGAGGUUUGGUGACAAAACCAUUAAAAAAGGUGACAAGGAUGCACAGCUGGUUGUUGACAAAAUGAACAUGAGGAAAGAUGAGUUACAUAAUUACACAUUUGAGUAUAAAUGUGUUGAUAGUGUGUUAAACGCAAUGUUUUGGGCGGAUGAAACCGAUAAGUUAUAUUACAAGGAGUUUGGAGAUGUGAUAUCAUUUGAUGCUACAUUCCGAACAAAUAAGUAUGGAAUGAUUUUUGUGUUGUUUACAGCCAUUGAUAACCACAAACGCUCAAUAAACAUUGGGGCAGGUUUGUUAAGCAACGAGUCAAUAGAAUCUUAUUGUUGGUUGCUCGAAGCUUUUUUGAAAGCACAUGUAAAACACCCUCAAUUAGUGUUAACAGACCAAGAUCCAGCAAUUCUACAAGCCGUUGAAGCAAUAUUUCCUACUUCUAAUCAUCGUUUAUGUAUGUGGCACAUUAUGAAAAAACUACAAGCCAAGGUUUCAGUCGAUUUUUUGGAAAACACUGAUUUUCGAAAGCGUUUUACGAAGCUUGUUUGGAAUGUCUAUAUCGAGCCUGAAGUGUUUGAAUCAAGGUGGAAACUACUUAUGAGAAAAUUCAAACUACAGGACAAAAGAUGGUUCAAAGACAUGUACAGGGAUCGAAAACUUUGGAUUCCAGCCUAUUUUAAAGACGUGCCACUACACGGUCUGAUGAAAACUAUUUCAAGGUCUGAAAGCGUGAACUCAUUUUUUAAUAAAUACUCUAACUCUGGUAAUUUUCUUAUCUAUUUCAUGAUGAACUACAACACCGCAAUUGGAAAGCAACGAAAUGCUCAACAGAAAUUAGAACAUGAUACAAAAAAUGCAAAGCAUGAAAUGACGCUUCCAAGUGGCUUACUAGAACAUGCAGCUACGGUUGAACUAAAGUUGCCUAAAAAAGAAGUUAAAUGUUCAUGCAAUCACUUCAUACGUACUGGCAUUUUGUGUCAUCAAAUUUUUGCUGUAUUGAAAAACAACCAUAUUGAAGAGAUUCUAGAGCAGUAUAUUCUAAGAAGAUGGAGAAGGGAUGCAAUUUCCAGCCAUUUGCUUGCCAUGAAACAUGUUGCCAUGGAAACAGAAGAUGACACCUUUAAACUUAUAACAGAGGCAUACAACAAUAUUGAAUAUCGCUUAGAUCAUUUCAAAAGAAGAAAAGAGAAAUUGUUGGAAUUUGUUGAAAAAACACGUACGUUGAAGCAGGCAGCAAUGGAGUUUGGCAGUUCAAACCAAACAUCAUCUGAUAACGAUGAAGAAGAAAUUAUUCGGAUGCUUGGAAUACGCAGCAUUCCUGAUGAAAUAAAUAUCCAUCCACCUACAUCUAUACGUACCAAAGGUAGUGGAACUAAGAAAAGAAUGGUUAGUGCUAUUGAGAAAGCCAUUGCAGCUGCAAAGAAAAAAAGCAGAAUGUGCACAGGUUGCAAUCAAUAUGUUAACCAUAAUUGA